CACGCGCGGGAGGGGGGGGGCAUCGUACGUUGGACUGGAUGUGAUGCCACGCUCGGUGUGGCGAAGCCCGGCGCAGCAGACCUGGCCUCACCGAGCACGCAGGAGUCCCGUUCCCCUUGGUGGCUUGUGAUGUACGGGUGGAUAGUCGACGGCCUGUCGUCGCUCUUCGUGCCUUUUACGAGCGGUAACAGUCACGGUCACGGUUACGGUAACGGCCGCCCGCCACCGCGGGCUACGGUGACCGCCGCCACAGGACAAGAUUGUAGCGUUAGGCCUGCUAAACGCAGCUAUGAGAGUGUCCAUUCUCCAGAUGGUAUAUCGGAACACCUGGAGAUCAAAAGACCAAGACGAGAUGUGAUCGUCAGAGUUUUCAAGAAGACGUUUGCAGGGAUUACAGGGUUGCUUCGGUUGCGACAGCACAAGCCGUGCCAUUCUGAAAAAGGGAAAGGGAAAAGAAAAACACAGGUUGGACAUGUUGCUGUAAUGGGUAUUGAUGAACUUAACAGCAAUAGCCUAAAUAAGUGGAUGGUUAGUGGUGAUGUUAAAAUGGAAAAACCGGCUGAAAUCGGACUGCCUAGCAAAGAGAAGGCUUUUCCGAAUUUCUACCAGAGUGCCCAGCCCCUGAUGAGAAAACCGGAUGGACCAAACCUGUAUAUGGGGAACCAGGAUCGGCAAAGAGAGCGGCAGCACCGGAUGUCACUGCAGCUCCUGCCGUCCUGUGCUGGCAUGGGUUUGUCUGAGAUGGACCCCCCUGCCCGUACCCACAAGCCCUCCCUUACCGUGGAGGAGGCUCUGAAAGAAAGUGACCGAGAGCACUACAGGAAGCUAGUGGAGAUGGUGUCUGAGAAAUACUCGAAGAAUAAACCCCUACCGUUUGGACGGGUGAAGCCACAAACCACAACUUUUCCUCUGGAUGGUCACAAGCCCUUUAGCCGUACUGUUGAGCUCAGCAAACCAGUUCCAAUUAGAGUCAACCCUACUGUGUCAGUGUGGAGGGGUUCCACUUUAGUCAGUCACACAAAGGACAGAAAGGUUGACGUCACCUGUGGCACACUAGUCAGCGAUGCACGGGACAAGACACUAGGCGAGCGGUCUUCAAAAAAAACAGUGCCAGUAGACGUGGACCUGUCUGUGGAGGUGGAGACUAGGCUGAACCUGAAGGACAGAGAGGCGUUUGCGGUGUACCUACCUUCUACACAGACGUGGUCGGAGCUCCUCCCAGACACAGGGAAGCGCUGUGACGAGGAGUUCCCCAGACUGACCAAGGAGAUGCAGCAAGAGGUGAGUGCUGCCCUUGCCCAGAGGGACCCAAACCUGGUCCUGAGCAGCGCUUUCAAGCUACGCAUCACACAGAGGGAUCUGGCAACCCUACAGGAAGGAAGCUGGCUCAAUGACGAGGUGAUAAAUUUCUACCUGAACCUGGUGAUGGCGCGCGGUGAGCAGACUCUGGGCGGUAGGAAGGUCUACUGCUUCAGCACGUUCUUCUUCCCCAAGCUUCUGGCCGGAGGCCACCAUGCCGUGCGCCGCUGGACCAAGGCCGUUGACCUCUUCCUGUACGACGUCGUCCUCGUGCCCCUCCACCUGGGCGUGCACUGGUCUCUCGCAGCUGUUGAGUUCAGAUCGAAGUCGGUGAGGUCAUAUGACUCCAUGGGCCAGAGGCAUGAUGACAUAUGUAACCUCAUAAUGAUGUACCUGAAAGAGGAGUACAGGAUCAAAAAGGGCAAAGAUCUGGAAACCCUGAAGUGGACGGUGACCAGCACGCGAUCCGCUGAGGUCCCCCAGCAGAGGAACGGGAGCGACUGCGGCGUGUUUGUGUGCAAGUACGCCGACUGCAUCGCCCGUGCUCAGCCCUUCUCCUUCAGACAGUGUCACAUGACCUACUUCCGGAAGGCCAUGAUCUGGGAGAUCCUUAAGCAGAGGCUGUUGCAGUAAGCGGGCGAUGAAUCAGACUGAUUGCGACCAAAGCGCAGCACCGGAAUGCAUGCGGGCGGCCGCUUCCAUGCUCACGUCGGCCUCGCCCCUGUCCUGUUUAUCCAGAAAGGCCUCACAGCUCCUCCUAGGUUUUCAGUUGUUGUGGUCUAGGUUCAACAGUAAGGAACUGGACUGUAGAGGCAAGACAGCAAGCAGAGAGUGUGGUGUGUAUGUUUGUUUUUUUAGUUGUUGUUGUUUUGUUUUAGUUCUUUGGUGUUUUUCUUUUUUUUGGGAGGGGGGGUGAUGUUAAAAGUAGUUUUGUUAACACUAGCCAUUCCUAGAAUUGUCUUAUUUCCCCUUACAGGUUAGUCUGUGUAUAGACUUAGCCCCCUGUUCAACAACACAGCUCUGAGGGUUUGGAUGUGUGCUAAAUGGAAUGGACUGGUGCGAUUUUGGGGGUAAAUUGACAGCAACAGUUGUUCCUUUUCUCGAGGUGACCAGGUGCGUGGACUGAACCUACCAAUGGUCGCACAGUAUAAAUAUACACUCACCGUCACGUCCGUACGGGGAGGAUGACGAGCUAUCUAUUUAUUGCUAUAUAGGCAGGAGAGAGUCCUAAAUCACCUGCUUGUGAUUUGUUUUUUUGACUGUUACUUCCUCUGAAGAAUUAUAAGCAAUGGCAGGAGUGAAUGUAUAUGAGAACUAUGGUACUUGAGCUGUGGAACGCAGUGACUGCAUCAGUAUUUAUUCAGUAGACUGGUUCUCUCCUCAUGUGUAGAUAUACCCACCCAGCCCAAGUGCCUUGAUGCAAUCUUUUGUUCCUCUCAGACUCUAAUCUUCAAUACUACGUAGAGCAGUGUGUUUUAAGGAUGGAAACACUAAAAGCUACCAGAAACGUGUGUGUGUGUGUGUGUGUGUGUGUGUGUGUGUGUGUGUGUGUGUGUGCGCGUGCGCGCGCGGUGUGUGUGUGUGCGUGCGUGCGUGCGUGAGCCAUUACAUGGGUCUAUACUAUAAGGAGGGUAUGCAGUGGCAAAGCUGAUGGAUUCUUGUAGCUGUUGUUUUUUUGUUUGUUUGUUUUUUAAAUUAUAUAUAAUAUAUAUAUAUUCCUCAUUGAUUAUAACCAACUAUUUGUAAUGCAAGGUUUUGUUUUUUUUUGUUGUUGCUGUUGUUGUUUUUUAUUUUUUAUUUGUUUCAGACGGAACUGGAAACAGGUGAGCGUGAUUAUUGACAAACAGAUGCAGCUGUAGUGCUUUCUCUCGGCAUUGUCCUUGUGUUCUAUAACCCGUGCAGUAGCAUUUCCGUCAUCUGUCUGUUGUCAUGGCAGCACCGGCUUGCUUCGGGACAGACCUUCACCCUCAUGUGGGCUGCGAGCGCUGAGGGAGAUGUGCAGCGAUGGCGACGCCUUUGGGUGUUACAGUCAUGACAUUCCAUCACCACUGUAAUCUGCUUUGGUCCCAGUUUUUCAUUAGACUUUAAUUUUAAAAAGCUACUUUAAUUUUAAUUGGAAAUGGGAUGAGGUAAGGUAACUUCUGUUUCAAGGUUAUAAUUGAGGAUGCAUUUUCUUUGUCUUUUUUUGGAGCUUGAGUAUUAAUACCUUGUUCAUCUGUCAUGACGGGUUGUAAGAGUGGAAAGACUGCAAUGAGGGGCCCCGUGUAGGGUUAAUUAGUUGUGCAUUUCUACAGACAGCUAAGAUGAUGUCCAGGUCUGCAGUUUGUGUGCUGGUUUGGCAUUCAUUGCAAAAUGUUGGUAAUUUUAUUUUUUUAAGUAAUAAACUGGAAAAGGUAG